AUGAAGGAAGCCGUGAUCGACAAAAACACCGGGGUGACAAUUCGCGAUGUUGACAUCCCUGUUCCCAAGCCCGACCAGGUCUUGAUCAAGGUGAUCGUUUCGGGAACCAAUCCGAAGGAUUGGAAAUUACCAGUCUGGCUAUCGGACUCUCCGGCUGCCAACCAGGGAGAUGAUAUUGCCGGCUUUGUUGAGGCUGUCGGAGAGGGCGUCUCCAAGUUCAAAAAAGGAGACAGAGUGGCCGCUUUCCAUGAGAUGAUGACCCCCGCCGGAAGCUAUGCAGAAUAUGCGAUCGCUUGGGAGCACACAACCUUCCAUAUCCCGGAGAAAACCAGCUUUGAAGAGGCUGCGUCUAUCCCCCUUGCUGCAAUGACAUCCGCCCUGGGAUUGUUUCAAAGAUUGAGUUUGCCUGUUCCGUGGCACCCCGCGACUGAGCCACUGCCCCUGGUUGUGUAUGGAGGUGCCUCGGCAGUUGGGGCCUUUGCAAUUAAACUGGCUCGUCUCUCAAAUAUCCAUCCGAUCAUCGCUGUGGCCGGCAAAGGCGCACCAUUCGUGGAAACUCUCAUCGACAGGUCCAAGGGAGACACCAUCAUCGAUUACCGGGAAGGUGACAGCGCCGUUCGGGAGAAAAUCCGAAGUUCUGCCGGUGGUCUGCCAAUCCAUCAUGCCUUCGAUGCGGUCUCCGAGAAGGGGUCAUAUCAGAACCUGGGCGACGCACUCACAGUGCCGGCAAAGAUCACGGUCGUUUUACCCGGUAAAGACUAUAGUGAUAUUCCAAAGGGAGUCGAGGUCAUAACCACAAAUGUUGGAUCGGUUCACCAGUCUGCAGCGUCAGGGCAGACAGUGGGAGACAUCGAGUUCGGUGCUGCAUUUUUCGCUCUUUUCGGAAGAGGCUUGGGACAGGGAUGGUUUACGGGGCAUCCCUACGAGGUCCGACCCGGUGGCUUGACUGGUCUCGAAGGCGCAUUGGGAGACUUGCGGGAGGGAAAAGCUUCUGCAGUCAAAUACGUAGUCCGUAUCGCCGACACGCCGGGUCUGUAG